AUGAAUUUUAUUUUUGAUUUCAGCAAAGAUGCAGGACAGCAACUUGGUCAACGUCUAUGUAAACUUGAUCCAUUUCAAUUUCAAAGAAUGAACAUGAUUUAUAAACGAAUAGAUUUGCAUACAAUAGGUAAGAUGUAUAAAGUUAAAUAUGGAAUAUAUCUGUCGGAUGAUGUGAAACGAAUUUACUAUGGUGAAUAUGCUGAUGCUUUGUUAGGACUUUUGAAAACAGAAGAAAUCCCAGAUAUAUAUCAACAUUCAAUACCAUUACCAUUACCUCCAUUACUUCACGCGAUUGAACCUUGA